AUGUCUCUCUUAAGAACUGUUAUCAGAUCUACCAUUCCUCAAGGUUCCAAAGCUCUAUCAACGGGUGCCAUUAGAACCGAGUUCACUCAAGUCAGCUUGCCUGCUUUGAAGUGGGAUUUCGGUGAAUUGGAACCGUUCAUAUCCGGUAGAAUCAAUGAAUUGCACUACACUAAGCACCAUCAAACUUAUGUGAAUGGUUUCAACAAAGCUGUUGAACAGCAGGCCGAGGCCUUGGCAAAAGGCGACAUUUCCAAAGUGCUUGCUUUACAGCAAAACGUCAAGUUCCAUGGUGGCGGCUAUAAGAACCACUGCCUCUUCUGGGAUAAUCUUUCUCCAACAAAGAAUGGGGGUGGAGAGCUUCCUGCUUCUUCGUCUGGUUUGUAUAAGAAAGUCAUUGACGAAUACGGUUCUUUCGACAACUUGAUCAAGGAUACAAACGCCAAGUUAGCCGGCGUCCAAGGUUCUGGUUGGGCAUUCAUUGUCAAGAACAAAGAGAAUGGUGCAGUAGAAGUUGUGCAAAGAUACAACCAAGAUACUGUUUCUGGAAACUUGGUUCCUUUGUUGGCCCUUGACGCUUGGGAACAUGCUUACUACUUGCAGUACCAGAACAGAAAGGCAGAUUACUUCAAGGCCAUAUGGAAUGUGAUUAAUUGGGCUGAAGCAUCCAAGAGAUUCGACCAGGCUUGA